AUGACUACAAAUUACUCGGAUCCAGAAUCCCUGGCUACACUAACGGCUACAGUCAAUCAAGCGCUCAUAGAGACUGGACGGUUCUUUCGAUCAGCUGGUUCGAUCCAAUCCAGAGCUCAGCUGAAACGGUCUAUUCCGGCCGCCCAUGAACAAUUUCAAUUUGCAUUGGAUGAUCUCUCAGAACAGAUUUUCCUUGCCAAGGCGUUUCUAGAGCGCGACUACGAGGCAGUCCGUGCGACAAAGACAGAAACCCAGAUGGCUCAAGAUGUGGCAAUGGGCGAAACAGGAGUGAAGCCGGAGCCGGAAGCUGGAGAGCAAGCGCCAGAAAAAACAGAGAAGGAAGUUGAUAUCAAGAUUGAACAAACUACGGACGACGUGACUACGAACCCACCGGCACCAGCAGCCGCAGAAUCGAGUCAACCUAACGAACCCGAUCAACAUGUGAAGGCCGAACAGCCAGGCGAAACAUCUGCGGUCCCAGACCAAUCAACUGCAGAAACCAAGUUUGACACUGAACCGAACGAAACAGCGAGGGGCGGUGCGAACGACUUUGAUCUUCAUUUAGACUUUGGCAAUGAUGAGAUCGGGGACCAGAACUUCCUCAAUAUGAACACAGGUGGUGGCGCAAACGAGGCCGAUGGCUCUGGGUUUGGAAACGGUAUCCCGUCUGGGGGUGACGCAUUUGACUUGGAAUUUGAGAAAGCCGAUGCGAUUACUGGGGAAGAGCAACGGCCGCAACAACAACAGCCGCAACAACAGCAGCAUGAGCAGCAACAGCCACAGCUACAGACAGGCACGGAUUCUCAGACCGGGGAACAAUCGGCGGAGGAUAUCAUGGCACCUGGGGAGUCCAGUUUUGACGACCUGUUCAUGGGAAGUGGGGAAAUGGACGAUCAAGGAUUGCUGGAGGGAGAUGAAUUGAUGAACAUUAACGAGUUAGAUGACAACUGGUUUACAUGA